AUGGGGAUACAACACCUCCUGCUACUUUUGAUAUAUUUGGACCCUUUGAAUGUACUCAGCGCAGCCACGGGCAAGAAGACUAAAAAUGCCCCAAAGCGGACAGCGAAGGCAAAAGAAGUUAACAACACUGUCGCUUCCACUGAGAUGCCCCAGAAGAUAACGCAGCUCCAGUCGCCUUCGGUGAUCGGUGAUCAUGACAUGUGCCUGGGUUACUUCGACGUCAGUGGACAGUACGACAAAGAAUUCGAGUGCAACAACACAGAUCAUAGGUACUGUUGCGGAAGCUGUUACCUGCGGUUUUGUUGUAACGAAAAAGCAAAGCGCUUAAGUCAGAACAAAUGCAGGAAUUACGUGACUCCAGACUGGAUGAUAAAAACUCCAUCUCCCUCCCCCACGCCAACAGGAGACACAUACGACCCAGAACUGGAUCAAACAAACACUACCGUCUAUGUCACAUGUGGCGUGAUAGCGUUGAUAAUCGCAAUAGGAGUUUCUGUAAAAAUCGCAUACGACAAAGUUAUAAACCCCCCACAGGAAAUGAACGUCCACAGAGCGCUGGCGGACAUCAUGAGACAGCAGGGCGCUGUUCCUUCCCAACAGUACGAGCACGAAAACAUCGCCGCGAUUGACAACUCGCCCCAGGAGAACACGCCCGUGCGGACAUCAAAGAAUCACUACACGCCGGUCCACGCCAAGCCCAAUCACGGCCACUAUGGGAAAGAGUUGUUCCGCCAAGCCAGCCAAGAUCCCCACAACUUCAUCUCCUCUGGGUUUGUGACACUUGGACGAGGGCAUCUCAAAGCCCAGCAUUCAGUUGACGAGUUAGGCAUAUCCUGGAGGGAUAAUCUGGACGUUCCCCUCUCCUACAAGCUCCACACCAGUGUCCUGCGCCUCCACCCGCACACCACCCAUAGCUGCUCCAUCAUCACGGCUGCCCCAUAG